AUGAUGAGACCCCGUAAAGUCCGUAUUGCUACUAGCUGUGGCAUCUCGGAACCAUUCAUUGUUAGUCGUUCAGUCCCGCAAGGAAGUGUCCUUGCGUGCUCCAUUUUCAAUCUCUCUAUGGAGGUCUGCAACACCAAACUUGCGAUUGGAUCACCUACUCUUGCUCCUAAAGUUUCCCUCCCAAAUGGGGAUCUGAAAGUGAUCAACCACCUUUUGUUUGCAGAUGACCAAACUGUUCUCGUACAGGGACGAGGUUUGCCCAAGUGUGUCGGAGAGCUAAAUGCUCGUCUUGAGAAUGCUGCUACCUGGGCUGUUGAGACGAAAAACGAAUACGCCCCUGAAAAAAGUCUCGUAGUUCCCCUUGGUACUCGCUUACGUCAAACGAGUAAUUUCGCCUUCAAUUUGAAUGGGCAAGAUAUUUCUGUUGCCUUCGAUUUUCUAUAUCUUGGUGUUCCUGUUACGAGCUCCAAAAGGAAUCUGUGGGUACCCUUACAUCGUAAAUCGCGUGCUAUCGCAGCCAUCUCUAGUGCUUUAUCGGUCUACCGUACUAUGGCUCCUCUGUUCAUCAUCAGACUUGUGGUUGCAGUUGGAUGGAGUGCUUUACUUUACGGCCAUGACCUAGCCUUUCCUAAGCCCCAGUCCCUGGAUAUCUGUUGUAAUACACUUGUGAAGAUUGGUCUAGGCUUACCAGGAUGGACGCCAACUGCCUUUCUCUACGUUGCUCUGCAAGUCCCGGUUGCUAGUGCGUUACAUCUUAAGCGCGCUCUGAUUUGCUGGAACACUAUAUACAAUUGUGAUCAUAUUCACAAGUCCCUGAUUGUCAUGGUUAUGAGUGACCCCGUGAAUGAGAUGUGGCGCGGUUUUGUGGCUUUUGCUGGCUCUAUCGGUGUUUCUUGUAGUCUUAUGGUGGACUGUAUUACCUCCCAUCCUGCUAUUGCCAAACAUAAAGCAUAUGAUAUCUUCCUACUCGCUUCUGCUAAGGUAACUACUGAUGCUUUGGGACGUGCCCUUCGUUGCUUGUAUAUUGGCAUCGAUUAUGUUGAAUGUUGCGGUACUUUGAUCCCACUCCCUCUCCCCAGUUCUGUGAUGUCUCAUCAAGAGGGUCGCGCUGCCAUUAGAGCCCUUAUUCCGCUUUCGUUCAAGCGUUGCCAUUGUUGCUCUCUCUGCGGUAGAUCUACUGAUUCUGUAGACCAUCUACUACUUUCCUGCCCAGCAGGCCCUAACAUGUCAACCCAGCAGGUCUAUGAUGCCUUCACUUCUCCGAGAGCGUCCUCUCUACUCUCAACUAUUGCUAGCGUUCUGCUUAAACGUAACUCUGCUGUCAGUAAGCUGCUUCGUGAUAAGGAGGUCUCGUAUACGAUUGUUACUGAUGAGUGA